AUGUACAGGCGCGGCCGCACGGUUAGACACGGCUGCGCGCGCAACGCGCCAGCGCCGGCCGCCGCCGGUCAUGUAGUGGUGGAUGUAAUGCGCAGGCGCGACGUAGACGGGAGCGGCCUUGACGUGCACGGGAGCGGCAGUGGGAGCGGAGUUGUGUACCACGGCGUUGAAGCCACUGUGGUCGUCGGCGGAGUACUCCACAGUCCUGACGGAGCCGUCGGCUUCGUGGAAGGAGUCGGCAACGCACUCGUAACUCCUCCGUUGCGAGUGUCCAUGGGCGGCGCUGAUUGCUUACCAUCAGUGGUGGAUGUAGUGCGCAGGCGCGACGUACACGGGAGCGGCCUUGACGUGCACGGGAGCGGCAGUGGGAGCGGAGUUGUGUACCACGGCGUUGAAGCCACUGUGGUCGUCGGCGGAGUACUCCACAGUCCUGACGGAGCCGUCGGCUUCGUGGAAGGAGUAAGAGCCCUUCACGACAUCACCGUCGCGGGACUCCUGCUGGGACUUGUUGUCACCGGUGUGGCCGUCAGCUACGGAGUAGUUGUACUCGUAUUUGGGCGAGACCGAGAGCCGUUCGUUACGGCAAUUAUAUUUUUUGGUACAUUAGUGAUGGUAGUACUUAAGGGCAGGGGCAGCCUUUACAAGCACGGGAGCAGCUUUGAUGUGGACUGGCGCGGCAGUGGGCGCGGUGUUGUGCACAACUGCGUUGAAACCGUUGUGGUCAUCAGCAGUGUAUUCUACAGUUCUGAUGGAGCCACCAGCUUCGUGGAAAGAUUUCGCAAGUUACUGAAUCUGAUAAAAUAA